CGGUGGAUUUGAGACGCGGCCCGAGAGACAGAAACCCGCUGCUGCGCUUCAUUAGAGCCUCGGUGGGUCUCCAUCAUUCAUCCGAACCACAGAGCAGAACCACAGACCCGAUACCGAGCGCACGGAACCGGCAGAUGGACGGCACGCGAGCGCUCUGACAGCGGAAGCUCCACUCGUUCAUCUUCGGCUCGGUUCGGCGCUCAGAUCGCUGCUCGAUCGCUCGCUAUUGUUCGGAUGUGCGGCGCUGGGAAUCACUUCGAUUCCCGACCGAGCAUGAGUCCUGCUCUCCGCUGGGUUUUAUCGCUGUGCUUCAUCAUCACCGUCAUCAUCACUCAGCACGCGGCUCCGUUCCAGGUAGCGUUGCAGGAUGACCGCCGGAUGCUGCUGUCGCUGGAUGCUGAUGAUGUGAGGCCCGACGUGUCUGUGUAUUCGGUGCGUGUUUCAGGAGAGCCGCACACGCACACGCUGCUGUUCACGCGACCCGCCGACAGUCAGACGCUGCCGCAUCCGCUCCAGUUCAACGCCUCGUACCACGGCCUGUGCUACUCCAUCAGUCUGAUGCUCGGGAACGACAGCCGCGCAUCCAGAGCCGUCAGAACCGUCCCUGUGCUCACCAAGCCUCUUCCUCUAGACAGCGUUGAGAUCUCUGAUUACGGUCCGGCUCCAGAGACCGGCGUGGUGUUUCAGAUCCGUUCUCCAGACAGGAACAUCUACACGAGAGUAAACAUCAGCUACAUGGAGGGCCGUCAGCCACGCUACAUGCUGUAUAAAGAUUUCUUCAAAGGGAAGACAGUGUUCAAGCACUGGCUGUCGGGCACGUGUUACACCAACAUCAGCUUCCAGCUGGUCUCAGAGGCCACGGUCAACAGGAGCACGCUGGUGAGCCGCAGCGACGUUACCCAUGAGCCCCUGCGCCACCGCACCGUCCCGAAUCCUCCUCUCAACGUGUCGCUCAAAAUCAUCCACCUCAGCAGCCGAGGAGCAUCUGAAUCUGACCUGCACGCGGCUGUUCUGAAGGCUUCCCACAAUGCAUCAGUCCUUCGGCGGGCACGUGACAUUCCUGCGGCUGAAGAACAGGAAGAGGAAGUGAACGGCGAAGAGAUGAGCGUCACACAGAUGCCACUGAACGAGUCCGUCACCAUCUACACCAUCCCGUCGGCUCUGCCCACAGCGGAGGAGGAGUUUGUGAACGCACUGAUGCCAGAAUAUGAGGACUCUAAUGAGCCAGGGUCAGCGAUGGACGUGACCUUCGAAGCCAAUGUGAUGCCCACACCGCUGCCGCCCAUCCUGCUGGAGCUGCGCUGGUUACCGCCGCGGCCGCCCACCGCGUUCGAUGGAUUCAACAUCUACAUCUACCGCGAUGGAAACUCCACCGAAACGGCGACGGUGGAUGAGAACACGCACGAGUUCUUCACCGAGCAGUCAAAUAAAAUGGACCGAAAAUUUGCCUGUCGAAUAUUAUACGUCGUAUUUUGUGUGUCAGGUCCGGCGGGUGAGUGGAUGGAGCAGCCGCAGGAGCGUCCGCAGAAGGUCAGUGUGAAGAUGCUGGACUCCAGCACGGCUGCUGUGUCCUGGGCUCCGUCGCGUCACAGAUAUAAUGGCAGUCUGAUCUCGGUGCUGUCGCUCACCUGUCUGCGGCCCAGCAUCAGCCAGCGCAUGGAGAACACCUACUGCUCCGAGGAGAACAUCACCAGUGACAUCAUCAGCAGCCUGACCCCCGGUGCUCAGUACAGAGUGCUGGUUUAUCACACGAACGGGCCGCUGGUUAGUCCCCCGUCUGAACCAAUCAUCAUCGACAUCGAGCCGACAGGUGUGCGUGAUCUGGUGGUUUAUCCGCUCAGUCCCAGUGCUGUCGUGCUCAGCUGGCGGCGGCCGUAUAACGUGGCCUUCAGAAAGUACGUCCUGCAGACCUUCUUCUUCAACUCGGCCACGCAGACGUCUCAGUGGAGCACUUACUACGAGAUCGCCGCCACCGCGUCCGUCAUCGCCUCUGUGAGAGUGACGGAUCUGCUGCCGGCCUGGUUCUAUCAGUUCCGCGUGACGAUGGAGACGUGGUCCGAGCCGGCGCUGGUCUGCUGCAACGCUUCCACCGUCAGCUUCGUCACAGCUCCCGAAGCGCCUCACAUCUCGACGGUGGAGUACUCUCACGGGACGCUGUUCGUGCGCUGGACUUACGGCGAUCUGUUCACCGAUCUCUCGCACUCACGCUUGCUGCACUGGCAGCUGACGGCCGCGGGGAAGAAGAGCGCGAGGAGACGCUACUCCAUCCACGUGACCCGCAACAUGAUGAAGGCGUCUCUGGCUCUUCCUCCCGGAGACAUCUACAACCUGACCGUGUCCGCCUGCACCGAGACGAGCCGCAACACGUCUGCGCCGCACAUCAUCAAACUCGAACCGGCUCCUCCGAAGUCGCUGUACGUGGUCAACGCCACCGACGCGGCCGUCACGCUGCUCUGGACGGAGGACGGCGUCGUGGACUUCUAUCAGAUCGUCUGCAGACCGCUGCGAGUCAACAGAGAGAGCAAAAAGGUGCAUGAGCCACUGCUCACCGCCGCUCGUGUCGUGACCGUGUCAGGACUGCAGCCGUCCUCUUCAUACAACUGCAGCGUGAUCAGCAGCAGCUACAGCAGCGCCAGUGAGCCGGCGUUCAUCACCGUCAGCACAUCCGUGCGCGAGAUGAACCCGAGUGUGGCGGCGAUCUCUGCGCUGGCGGUUCUCAGUGUUCUGCUCAUCAGUCUGCUGGCGUUCUUUCUGCUGGUGCUGCGCAAGAAACACAUGGAGCUGAGCCGGGAGUGCGGCGCUGAAACCUUCGUGAAUUUCGCUUCUUUCGAGCGAGACGGGAAGCUGCCGUAUAACUGGAGCAAAACAGCACUGAAGAAGAGGAAACUAAGCAGUCCCGUUCAGCUCAGUGAUUUUGAGGCUUACAUCAAAGACAUGAGCAAAGACUCGGCGUACAAGUUCUCGCUGCAGUUUGAGGAGCUGAAGAGCGUCGGUCUGGAUCUGUCUCAUGAAGCGGCUGAUCUGCCCGGCAACAGACCCAAGAACCGCUACACCAACAUCCUGCCCUAUGAUUUCAGUCGGGUGAAGCUGAUCUCUCUGCACAACGAUGAAGGCUCUGAUUACAUCAAUGCAAACUAUAUUCCUGGUUAUAACUCUACGCACGAGUUCAUCGCCACGCAGGGGCCGCUGCCCGAGACCAGGAACGAUUUCUGGAAGAUGGUCCUGCAGCAGAAGUCUCACAUCGUCGUCAUGCUGACCCAGUGUAACGAGCGCAGGAGGGUGAAGUGUGACCACUACUGGCCGUUCACUGAGGAGCCUGUGGCGUACGGAGAGAUUACGGUCGAGAUGCUGUCGGAGACCGACUCGCCCGAGUGGACCGUCAGAAACUUCAGACUGGGAUACGCUGAUGAAACUCAAGACGUUCUGCACUUUAAUUACACCUCGUGGCCUGAUCACGGCGUGCCGACAGUCAACGCCAUCGAGAGCAUCUUACAGUUCAUUCAGAUCGUACGGCAGCAGGUCAGCAGGACCAAAGGACCCAUCGUGGUCCACUGCAGUGCUGGAGUGGGCCGGACCGGCACCUUCAUCGCUCUGGACCGGCUGAUGCAGCACAUUCAGGAACACGAGUAUGUGGAUGUCCUGGGCCUGGUGUCGGACAUGCGCUCACACCGGCUCUCCAUGGUCCAAACCGAGGAGCAGUACGUGUUCAUCCAUCAGUGUGUCCUCCUCAUGUGGAAGAAGAAGAAGCAGCAAACGCACACGAGCUACGUCAUCUACGAGAACGUCAGCAAGUCCUAAUGAAGUCUGACUCUCCUCACAUCAGCGAUGACAGACGUGUGACAUCGACACCAGAAACCAGCCAAGCGGCGGCCGCAGAGGAGAAUCCUUCACUCAUUUACUCCCAUAGAAGCUCUUAUUUAGUGGACGUACGACGGAACCAAUCCGAUGCCUUAAAACGAGCUGCUGCGUCCUCCCGUCUCCGCAGAGCGAAGGAGAACACCGCAGCGCUGGACUGACGCUGCUUCCAUCCGCAUCUAGUCUUUAGUUUGUGUGUGAAUCUCAGGAUCAUCUGGUGCGACACGGCCGGACACGUCAGCGUUCGUUUUAGGCCGGUGUAAAGUGUGUUUCGUGAGUUUGUACCGCACUCUGUCUGUAAUAGUGUUAGUUUUCACGUCUCCAGAGGAGGCAGAGUGACAGAACCAGAUCCUCCUGUCGGCAUGCACAUGUAAACACGUUUCGGACCUGACGGCCUUCAAUUACUGCCACACACAGACCAUCUGCUUCAGUUACAAAGGAAGAACGGACGCACACGUGCUUCGCACUGAUCAUCUGUGUUACUGUAUGUAGAGAGGCAGACGGUAGCUGCGCUUCUGUGACCGAGUGUUUUAGCCUGUGAUUUCUGCUAAAUCUCCUGCGGGACCGCUGAGCUUCGCUGGCUUUAUCUGCAGGCGUUUGGAUGUUCACUGGACUGGUUCCAGUGGCGUUUGCACAAUUCCAGCGGACUGAAUGUGAGCAUCCAGCGGCUCGACUCUCAUCACUGCGACGCUUCACUGCUGCUGCUGAAUCUGACACUGAUUCCACACGUCGUGUUCGCUGAACGUUAUUAUGGGAAGCCAAACAACCCAGAAGUAGGACGAAACAUGGCUCGAUAGACUGAAUGGUACGACUGACUAGACAGCGCAGGGAGGACGUACACGGCACAAACUAAUCUCACCAUCGCGGUGCUGAUCAAUUACAACAUUACUCAUACUGCUCCGCAGAAGUUCAUGUGUUUGCCUAGCAACCACCCAGAACACCCUAGCAACUGCAUAGCAACACCAUAUCAACCACCCCGGGUACCCUAGCAACC